GCCAGUCUGUCCAUCUGGGGAUGGGGGGGUCUGGGAGUCGUCCUCUUCCUCAUCUCAUUUGGACCCUUUGCCAUCUUUUAUCUGGCCUUCUACAUCCUCUGUUUCAUUGGCGGGGGUUUUGUAGUGCUGCUUUUAUUUGGAAAGACAAACUCAGAGAAACACCUGGAAAGGUGCGAGCACUCCUACCUGCCAUCUACACAGACGGCCAUACUGAAGGUUUCGGAGGAGAUGAAAUCAGAGUCCAAACCCAUCAAGAUAGACCGUCGUCUGACAGGAUCCAGUAUCAUAGAUGAGCCACUGCAGCAGGUCAUCCAGUUUGCUUUGAGGGACUAUAUCCAGUAUUGGUACUACACACUGAGUGAUGAUGAAACGUUCCUCUUGGAGAUCCGUCAGACUGUCCAGAACGCCCUCGUCCAGUUCUCCACCAGGUCUAAAGAGGUGGACUGGCAGCCGUAUUUCACCACCAGACUGGUGGAUGAUUUUGCAACUCAUCUGCGUGUUUUCAGGAAAGCUCAAGAGAGGCUGAAUGAGAGGGAAGAUCCUAAACAACGUGACGAUCCAGAGGAGCUGCUGGACUCGUUUUUUGAGGCGGAGGUGGAAAUGGAGAGGAAUAUUUGUAGAGAUAUGGUGUGCAUGUCACGCAAGGAUGAAGAAGGUUACUUACGGGAUCUCUGUGAAGUGCUGCUGUACCUGCUACUACCUUCUGGAGAUUUCCACAACAAGAAUAUGAGAUACUUCCUCAGGGAAGUUUUGGCCAGAGGAGUUCUGCUGCCCUUAAUUAACCAGCUCAGUGACCCGGAUUACAUCAAUCAGUUCGUCAUCUGGAUGAUUCGUGACUCAAGCUGUAACUAUGAGGCCUUCAUGAACAUCUUAAAGCUGACGGACAAACCGCCUGAGCUUGAGGCCGUCAAAGACCGAGUCCUGGAGGAGCUUCAGCAUCUCCGAUCCCUGGACACGGGCGCAGACGAUAUCAACAUAAUAAAGAAUCAAAUCAAUAGUUUGCUUUUUGUGAAGAAAGUCUGUGAAACACGGAUACAAAGGCUACAAUCAGGAAAGGAAGUUGACGCUUUGAAACUCGCAGCUAAUUUUGGGAAGUUGUGUGUGAUUCCGCUGGAACAUAUCCUAGUGCACAACAUCGCACUGCAGUUCUUCAUGGACUACAUGCAGCACAUGGGUGGUCAGGCAGUUCUGUUCUUCUGGCUGACGGUGGAGGGUUACCGGGUCACGGCACAGCAGCAGUUGGAGGUCCUACAGAGCAGCCAGAGAGAUGGAAAGAAGCAGAGCAGCCAGACAACCAAAGGGCUUCUGAGAGCCGCUGCGGUGGGCGUCUACGACCAGUACCUGUCUGAGAAGGCCUCUCCUAGGGUGGAGGUGGACGAAGCGUCCGUAAGCAGACUGGCUCAGAAACUCAGCAAAGAGGAUCCCACACCUGAGAUAUUUGAUGAGAUCCAGAGAAAGGUGUAUGAUAUGAUGUUGAAGGAUGAGCGGUAUUACCCGUCUUUUAGGCAGCACCCGCUGUAUGUGCGGAUGCUGGCCGAGCUGGACAUGCUGAAGGAACCCAGCUUCAGGGGGUCUGAUGAUGGGGACGGAGAGUCAUUCAACGGGUCUCCAACAGGAAGCAUUAAUUUAUCAUUAGAUGAUCUCAUCAGCGGGAGCGUGGAUGAGUCCGCUCAGCUUCAUGCCUUUAUCUCUGAUACAGUUGAUGCUUUUCUAAACCAACUUCCUAUGGCAGGCGUUUGUAACGAUCAUGGGAAGACGUACGCCCUCUACACCGUCACCGUCGUACGCAAGAACUCAGACGGCAGUGAGGACAUCUGGAAGACGUAUCGCCGCUACAGUGAUUUUCACGACUUCCACAUGCGCAUCACAGAGCAGUUUGAGAGCCUUGGUCCGAUUCUCAAGCUUCCUGGCAAAAAGACCUUUAACAACAUGGACAGGGAGUUUUUGGAGAAAAGGAAGAAGGACCUGAACUCAUAUUUACAGCUGCUGUUGAAUCCUGAGAUGGUGAAGGCCUGUCCCAUGCUGAUACCCUACGUCUAUGACUUCCUGGAAAACAAAGCCUACAGCAAAGGCAAAGGGGAUUUUGCACGCAAGAUGGACACGUUUGUGAAUCCUCUCCGGAGCUCCAUGCGGAACGUGUCCAAUGCCGUGAAGUCACUGCCGGACAGCCUGGCUGAGGGAGUGUCCAAAGUCUCGGCGGACAUGGGCCAGGAUUUUAAGAAAAUUGGCCAGGAUAUUAAACAAUCCAUAUUUAAGGUUCCUCCUUUAAUCCAGAAGUCUGACAUCGAUCCCGAACACUGCCGCGUCUCGGCACAGCUGGACGACAACGUGGAUGAUAAUAUUCCUCUGAGGGUGAUGUUGCUGUUGAUGGACGAAGUGUUUGACCUGAAGGAGAGAAAUCAGUGGCUGCGGAGAAACAUCAAAAACCUCCUACAGCAGCUCAUCAAGGCCACGUAUGGAGACACCAUUAACAGGAAAAUCGUGGAUCAUGUCGAGUACAUGACCUCGCCUGAGCAAGUGUCUGAUUAUGUGAAGAGAUUCAGAGACUCUUAUUGGCCGAACGGGAUUCUCGCCGAGACGCCACCGCGCAGAGACAAAAGCCUCCGUAUGAGGACGCGGGUCGCCGCCAAAACCACACUCCUGGGCAUCAUGCCGGAUGAGUUGAAGCACAUCAUCGGGGCGGACACCACGCGCAAGGGCAUCCUGCGUGUCUUCGACAUGUUCCAGCACCAGUCUCUGAACCGGCGGCUGGUCUACGUCUUUCUAGAGGGCUUCCUGGAGACCUUGUUUCCUCAGUACAAGUUCUCCGAUCUGUUCGUGAAGCUCCACUCGCGCUCGCCGCGUGUACUGAAAUACUCACUCAAAUCGCGCAGCUUGCACAAGAGGUGACAGACGGACGAUUCUCCCGCCGCCGACGCAGAAGAGGAGGAG